AUGACAAUGAACUCCCCCGCAUCCCUAACAGCGCUCUACGAAACAGCCACAACCUCCGAAUCCGCCGAGUUAACACACGUCCAAACCGCCGAGCUCAUGCGCGAGGUCGGUCUGAAAUGCAUCAGUUUCAACGGCAUCCCCCGCACAAUCAACUGCCUGAACGCAUUCAAAGCGUCCCUCCCUUCCUCCAUCGCCUCGCAGCUCUCAACAACGCCCACCCGCACCCCCUCACCCAAGAACAUCUCCGACAUUUCCUCCCGCGGCAAAGGCCUCUGGGACUCGAUCUACCGCCCCUUCGAGGUAAAGCUGUACGAGAAGCUCGCCGACUCGCAUCCGGAUCUCCCUGUGCAUAUUCUGCAUGCGAACUACGGGGCUCUACUUUCUGAUCCCGCUGGGCGGACGACGGGUGCGAACUUGGGGCGCAUCGGGACGAGUAUUGUGGCCAUUGCUUGUUUGAGGGCGCAGACGGGUGUUGGGCCGCAGGUUGUGUCGCAUGUCUUUGGGCUCAGGAAGGCGCUGGAGGAUGGGACUUGGGAGCAGGAUGUUGAGGGGGAGGAGGGGGCGAGGUGGUUGGCGGGUGAGGAGGGGAAUGACUGGAUCUUGAGGAGUGUAGAUGAGAUCGUGGAGAAGAUCAGUGAAGGACUGGGGUCGAACUUCGCGCCGGGAAAGGCGAACUUGUAG